UCCUCAGGCCGUGCUUCCUCCGCGGGUCAGAUUUAUCAUCACAGGGGUGCCGAGAGAAUUUGUCAAGGGAGAAAAUCAUUGGAAGACCAGCUGGGAAUUGGAAUUGGAAUUGAAUUGGAAUCGUCGAGACUAGUGUAAUAAUGAUGAUAAUAAUGAUGAUGAUGAUGAUGAUGAUGAGCACUGCUCUUCCUCUCUCUUUAAUUAUGCGUGUGAUAUGUAGAGUAUUGCUCGCUCGCUUGCUUGCAGGUAUGAUGACACAUGAUGGCAGGAGCAUAAUAGAGGGAUGGAGGCCGAGAGGCAUAGAAAGUCGAGGCGGAUAUGACCUGUUGGUGAAAAGUGUAUGGAUAUGUAUCUCGAUCGAUCUGCUCGCUCUCCCCUCGGACAGAACACCGUUGGUUGGGAACGAGGCCGGGCGACGAGGACGGGUCAAAUCGAGAGACCACAAGAGGAAUGUGGACGAUAGCAGUCGGGAGGGGGAGAGAAAAGUAACUUUGAUAAUUCCCUCGUCUGUGAAUGAAGACAAGGCGUGAGCCGGUUUGACCAUUCUCCUUUCCCCCAAAAACUAUAAAAGCAAAUCACUGUCCACAGCACCCUGCCCAGCCAUCCAUAAUCGUU